AGUCUUCUCCUGCGGUCGCACCCGUCCUUCAUUAACAAGCAUCACGGUGGCUGACCCUAGAACUAUAACAUAUACGUGAUAACUGAGAUGGGUGACAUUACUGUGAUGCAUUGGGCGAUAGUGAUUUACGGAGUAUUUUCCCAGCACGUGCUUCAUACUAGAGCACAGACAAGGUCUGAAUUUGUCGGCGCUCUUAUCGUUGACUAUGACAACAGGAUCCCUCCUAACUUUGAAAAAAACAAUUACACCGAAGUGGAGGUCAGUGUGUUUAUCAACAGCAUCGACUCCAUCAGUGAAAAAACAAUGGACUACACGAUGAAUAUGUUCAUACAACAAGAAUGGUACGACCCUCGCCUCCAGUUCUUCGGGUUAAUUGAUUCGACCUACCUGGAGCUCGACUCCAAACUGAUCAAAGAUGUGUGGGUCCCAGAUCUCUACUUCGCCAACGAGAAAAAAGCUUCCUUUCAUGAAGUCACAGUACCAAACCGAAUGAUGCACCUCUAUGAGGACGGACGUAUCGUUUAUCGGUUACGUGUGUCUGUGACAGCGGCUUGUCCUAUGAAUCUCCAUCGAUAUCCGUUCGACUCUCAGAUCUGUUCUCUGUAUUUCCAAAGCUUCGCCUACACAAGAAAUCGACUAAGAUUUAAAUGGAGAGAAAACAAUCCCGUCAAAACUAACGCCUACCUGACGUUGCCACAGUUUGAUCUCGACAAUCACGAUGUGUCCGAAUGCACGGGGUACGGGACGGACGACAUGGCAGGAGCCAACUUUACUUGCAUCCAGCUAAAUCUACACCUGACCCGUAGCAUUGGGUUUUAUAUGAUUCAAGUGUAUAUACCCACCAUCCUGAUUGUCCUCCUUUCCUGGGUGUCGUUCUGGCUGAGUAUCGAUGCUGUCCCGGCCCGAAUUUCCCUUGGCAUCCUCACAGUGCUGACCGUCACUACACAGAGGACAAACUCGGUGUCGUCGAUGCCCCCUGUGUCGUACGUCAAGGCCCUUGACGUUUGGAUGGCAAUGUGUCUGCUCUUUGUGUUUGCCGCACUGCUGGAGUACCCGGUUGUAUACGUCAUGGAAAGGCGAGACUUCAAGCUCAUGCAGUCGAAAGUCGCAGCCGAAGAGGAAAAGGCAUUGAAUUCAGGGAAGAAAAAUAUGUCCAGAGAGCGCAUGGUACGAAACCGGGCCAAACGAAUUGACAACAUCUCUAAGAUAGUGUUCCCGCUGGUCUUCUCCUCCUUCCUGGCGCUCUACUGGGUUGCUUACACUUUAUAAUGACACGGGCCAUUUUUUGGUAGUGUUUGGACAUUUUUAUAUACGCACUCAACCACUGAAACUAACAUACAAAUGCCCUCCUCCAUCGAAGUUAUACAACGCAUUUCCUACCACGUUUAUAGAUUAAGAUUUUACAUAAGACAUAUUAGCAAGUAAUUCGAUAAUCGAGUAGACCGUCACCAUGAACGAAAUAUCGCUCAUUCUCUCCGAUUAGGCUUACAUCAACACUACAACAAGUCACGUCUAUUUUUCUUCCUAUUUCGAUUGAUAAAUCCAUCAGGGAUGCCCCUUUCUAAGUAAAGACCUGGUAAUUUUCGUCGAUAAAAAGACAAUUUCUAUUUGCCGCAAUCGUUUCUGUCUAGUUCAUUUGGAUUAAGCCACUUCUACACACUUUUUUUUUGUUUUUGUUUUUUACAAUAACGGAAAACUUAUUUGCGUGCUCGUGGUUGGAUUUUGACUCUAAUUUUGUUCAAUUACAUUCGAUCUCACGUGCCAAGUUUAAGAUACGGAGGUGUUACGUGAAAAAGGCUACUAAACGUUUAUCAAAUUAAUUCCAGUUCGUUUAUCAUUAUCAAUGCUGCUGACCCAGCACUAAGGCUUACUGUCACACAUGUUCCGAAUUUACAAAAAUGAGUAUAGCGUGCAGAAGCUCGAACCAAACAACCAUUGUUCAUGUAGAUAACCAAUACAUACCCAAUUUCAUGAUAACUAGAUCUGACCUGUCGUAGUUCACAGCCUAGAGGAGAGAAAUGGGACCGGAAAAAAGUCAACUUUCUUUAACGGUGUAUGACUGUCACCAACGGACAUUAACGAGCAAGCGUAUAUGUAUUAUUUAAAAAUUAGAAUAGUUGAGGCCGAUUUGUUAGCACUAUUUUGAACCAUAUAUAGUGUCGAGUGUCAGCUGAUUGUUCUAUAUGCGUCAUAUUGUAAAGAUUUCUGGAGAUAUUGUUUUCGUGUUGUGCGUCGUUUACAUGGCUGUAAUUGUUGACGCUUAGUAACUUAUCGUUUACCUUCUCAGAUCUGUAUGUAUUAUAUAGCAGAUAGAGCGUCGACCCAACCUUCUAGGGAAUAUGUGCUUACAUAAUUGCAUUAACAUCCGUCACCGGGAACAUGAAAAUACCAUCUUCAGCGAUACAUCGUAAGUUACCAAGAAGGCAGCAAUAAUUCACUUCGAUCUAAUUUCAGAACGUGUUUAAGGAUUCAUUAUUGCACAAAACAAUAAAGUAAAUCACAUCACUUUUAUUUCUGUAAGAAUAAUAAAUUGUAUUGACACAAUCACGUUUUGAUAAUACCGCUCACUAACUAGACUAAUGUAAAUUAUAUGUUUCCCCUUUCAUCGCAUUUAUAUACACCAUUGUCAAUGGAACGAAGAUGGCGGUCGAAGUCGCAAGUCAUGUGGUGGCAGUAUUUCUGGGAAAACCAACUUAUAAAAAGGUAAUUAGUGGUGACAUUCGCACAUUCCACAGAUUUAUUUCGUAUACAGAAUAGAUGGUAAUCCAACUGAGAAUGUCUGGUGUACAGCAUAUCGAAAAGUAUGAUAUCCUAAAUUUCUCUUUGGACCUGAAACAAAGGAUUUUUUUGCAAUACCUAAAACAUUUGUCUUGAACCAAAUUUCUCGUUUUAUUGCAUGAACAAGGAAAUUAUUUUCGUACCCUUGUUGCAUUCAAUGAAAGUUUAUUUCGUCAUAACCUAUCUUCUAUCAGAUUUGUAAUCGAUGGACGUGUGCUUUCCUAAUUGAACAAGAAUAUAAAUUCAUCUACUGAUAUUCUCCAUGGAUCUAAAAUGAUAUCACCCAGCGUCUGUUGUAAUAUUCUACUAAACUGUAAGCUUAUUUCUUAAAGGGGAAGCUAUUUUCGAACCAAGCCCGCCUCAAAAUUAGAUUUUGUCGCCAAUGCAGUAUUUUAUUAUGCACCCGUGUAAAAGUCUUUUGUAAAAUGUGGUUCCCUCAUAGACUCAUAACACUAUUCCAUUCUGUAUAUUAUCCUUCAUAGUGAUAGAAAUAUUUUAUCUCGUCUACCUGAAAGCCAUAUAAUUCAACGUUGCAUUUUAGUCGAUCUCUGUCCUAUUUGAUAGUUUUGAUACGAAAAGAAAUACAUCUCGCGCUAAGAAGCAGAUAUUAAAAUACUGUCAUCAGUUUUAAGCAUGGAAGCUAAGGUUAGAUACCUGUCAUACGUGUAAUAAUAAUAAGACUUAUAUAGAUGUGGCUGAAAUUUAAAAGCCAUCUUGUAUAGAAAAGCAAGUGAGCAGGAAUAACUGCCAGGCCUUUUUAAGUAAUAUCACGUAAACAGUUAUGCUAUUGUGAUUGAUUUUUUUGGACAAAACUCGCUAUGUACGUUUAGUAUAAAUAAUAUAUCUAUAGACAGUCACACUUUGUUGAUUCGAAGACGUCGGGAAAGUAAAAAAACAACAAAUAAACUAUAAUUUUGAUGUAGAUAUUUACUUCGAAUUAAAUUAUUUGAGUGAUGCAUUUUUUAAGUUUUAAGACUACUAAACGGUUCACAAAGGCUAUAAUCGACAUUACUUGUAUUUUUUUCACGCAUCAGUGUUUGGUAUAUUGUAUAAGAAUCACUGUAUAUAAACAAUUUAUUGGGGCCAACAGAUUGUGUUCAGGAGUUCCUUAUUUUGUGCUAUUUCAAAGGAAUAAAUCACUUUACCCUAUAAA